GACAAUUUUGCCGUGAGCGCGUUCACCCAAAGACCACGAGGAAGCAAACGCAUCCAACCAAGACAACCCCCUCACACGCACACGCCUUCACAGAGCAGUGGGCAUGAGCGCAAAGCGCAAGGCAGGCAGUGGGAGCGAGGACGACAACGCCACGAAGCGCGCUCCAAUGGAAACCACCAACCCAUGGACGGGGCGCCCGUACUCGCGCCGCUACCAUGACAUCCUCGAGGGCCGUAUGAAACUGCCAGUGUGGAAGUUCAAGUCCGACUUUCUGGAUAUGCUGCGCAAGUCCAAGGAGAUGGUGCUCGUUGGCGAGACUGGUUCCAGGCAAGACCACACAGAUUCCACAGUGGUGCUGCGAUGUUCGCGCCGGCAAGCUCGUGGCCUGCACACAGCCCCGUCGUGUUGCCGCCAUGAGCGUGGCACAGCGUGUUGCGGAUGAGAUGGACAUUGCGCUGGGCCAGCAUGUCGGUUACACCAUCCGUUUCGAGGACUGCACCUCCCCAAACACCGUCCUCAAGUACUGCACGGACGGUAUGCUGCUGCGGGAGGCGAUGGCUGAUCCGCUGCUGUCACGUUACGGCGUCAUCAUCUUGGAUGAGGCGCACGAGCGCACCCUCUCCACAGACAUCCUCAUGGGCCUCCUCAAGGAGAUUAUGCCGAAGCGGGAGGACCUGAAGCUGGUGGUGAUGAGUGCCACGCUCGACGCCGGCAAGUUCCAGGAGUACUUCAACAGCUGCCCCCGCAUGGACAUUCCCGGGCGCACGUUUCCCGUGGAGAUUUUCUACACGCAGGAGCCUGAGCGCGACUACCUCGAGGCUGCUGUGCGGACGGCAGUGCAGAUCCACCGUGUUGAGGAGGAACGGGGCGACAUUCUGCUGUUUCUGACGGGUCAGGAGGAGAUUGAGGAGGCCUGCAGGAAGAUCAAGCGCGAGUGCGACGCCCUCGGCUCUGAAGUUGGCCCGGUGAGCGUGAUUCCGCUGUAUUCGUCACUGCCACCGGCGCUGCAGCAGCGCAUCUUCGAGCCCGCACCGGCAGAUCGCCCCAACGGCGCCGUUGGGCGGAAGGUUGUCGUGUCGACAAACAUUGCCGAGACGUCCAUCACCAUUGACGGAAUUGUGUAUGUCAUCGACCCGGGCUUCUCAAAGCAGAAGGUGUACAACCCGCGCGUGCGCGUGGAGUCGCUGCUGGUGACGGCCAUCUCCAAGGCCAGCGCACAGCAGCGCGCAGGCCGUGCCGGGCGUACGCGGGAGGGCAAGGCGUUCCGGCUGUACACGGAGAAGGCGUUUCGCUCCGAGAUGCAGGAGAACACAUACCCAGAGAUUCUCAGGUCGAACCUGAGCUCUGUGAUUCUGCAGCUGAAGAAACUUGGCAUUGACGAUUUGGUGCAUUUUGACUUUAUGGACCCGCCGGCGCCUGAAACGCUCAUGCGCGCACUCGAACUCCUCAACUACCUCGGCGCCCUCGACGACGAGGGCGAGCUGACGGAUCUCGGGGCGAAGAUGUCCGAAUUCCCGCUUGACCCGCAGCUCUCUAAGAUGCUGAUUGCGUCUGUCGGGUUCAAGUGCUCGAACGAGAUUCUGUCCAUUGCGGCGAUGCUCUCUGUUCCAAACUGCUUCCUCCGCCCCAACGAUGCAAAGCGCGCCGCAGACGAGGCAAAGGCCAGGUUUGCGCACGUGGACGGGGACCACCUGACGCUGCUAAACGUGUAUCACGCGUACAAGCAAAACUCGGGCAGUUCGCAGUGGUGCUGGGACAACUUUAUCCAGCACCGUUCCAUGAAGAGCGCAGACGAAGUCAGGAAGCAGCUUGCGCGCAUCAUGGACCGCCUUGGGCUGGAGCGCGUGAGCACCAACUUCCACAGCAAGGACUACUACCUCAACAUCCGCCGCGCAAUGGCAAACGCUUUCUUCAUGCAGGUUGCGCACCUUGAGCGGUCUGGGCAUUACCUGACGAUCAAGGACAACCAGGUUGUGAUGCUGCACCCGUCGACGGCGCUCGACCACAAGCCCGAGUGGGUCCUCUACCACGAGUUUGUCCUCACAUCAAAGAACUACAUCCGCACCGUCACCCAGAUCAAGCCAGACUGGCUGCUUGAACUGGCGCCCCACUACUACGACAUGACCAACUUCCCGGACUGCGAGGCGCGCCGCAUCCUCUCCCGCAUGCUCUCCCGCCGCGCAUACCAGAGCCGCAAAUGAACAAACCGCGUUCCAAAACCAAAAAAAAAAAAAAAAAAAGGAAGAAGGCGCGGGCGUGACGCUCUGCGUGCGCGUGUUCCUUCUGUGUGGUUUUUGUGCUCUAGCCAUGCUUCUCUUUUGUGCAUGCUUGUUUGCCCUGUCUUUGUGUCCCUGUACUCUCUCUGCCCGACACACACCCUUCUCACGUUUUGCCUUGACUGUGAAGCAAUAAAAACUCUACCCCACAA